CUCGAAUCCGCUAUUUCCCUUUAUUCUCCCUUUUAUCACUUAUUCUCUACCCAGAACCUUCCAGAAAAUAACAAAACCUACCUCCAUCUCCCACUCCUUACGCGCCGCCUUUCAACGGUGUCUGAUCGCAUGAGUCUGGUUUCUUGCUUCUUGUUCGGUUGGUGGGAAAAUAAUUAUCGUUUGCGGUUAAUCACCUUUUAAAGAGCUAAAGGUACGCCCAAGGAAUCUCUCUCUCUUUGUCUGGAAAGUUCCCGUUCUGUACGGUUCGGAUUUAGAAUCGAACCGCAUGGCAUCAUUGCCGGCGGACCAACCGAGCGAAUCCACCGCCAGUGGUGCCGCUGACUCCCAACGAUCUUUACCUACUCCGUUCCUUACCAAAACCUAUCAACUCGUCGACGAUCCCUCCGUUAAUGACAUGAUUUCAUGGAACGAAGAUGGAUCAACCUUCAUUGUUUGGCGCCCCGCUGAAUUCGCCCGUGAUUUGCUCCCUAAAUACUUCAAACAUAACAACUUCUCUAGCUUCGUGCGCCAGCUCAACACAUAUGGAUUCAGGAAGGUAGUGCCGGAUCGAUGGGAGUUCGCUAACGAUUGUUUCCGAAGAGGUGAGAAAGGACUUCUCCGAGACAUACAACGUCGGAAAAUGACUCCUACCACUACUGCUCCUGCCGCGACGGUGACCGUGGCGGCGAUUCCUUGCAAGGUUUCCCCAUCCAAUUCAGGCGAUGAGCAGGUCAUUUCGUCCAACUCGCCACCUGUUGCCACCGUUUUGCACCGAACCACGAGCAGCACGACGCCAGAGCUUUUAGAGGAGAACGAGAGGCUCAGAAAAGAGAACAUGCAGCUGAACCACGAGUUGACUCAGUUGAAGGGAUUGUGCAACAAUAUACUAACUUUGAUGACGAACUAUGCUUCCGGUCAGUCGGAAAAUAAUUCAAAUUCAGCCGAAGGUAAGGCGUUGGAUCUUUUGCCGGCGAAGAAUUCGGGUACGAAAGCGGGAGGCGUGGGUCCGAAGGAGGCGGUGGAUAUGGAGGAGGAUGUGACGCCGAAAUUGUUCGGAGUUUCGAUUGGGUUGAAGCGCGUGAGGAGAGAGGAUUCGGUGGAGGAGCAGAAUAAUAAUCAAGAACUACAGCAGGAGAUAGAGUGUGAGCCCGGGGUUAAAGCAGAGCCGUUGGAUGGGAAGAGUGAUGAUCAGGAUUCUUCGUGGCUGGAGCUAGGGAAAUGAUCAAAUCCAGUGAUUCACAAUCUGAUCCUUAAUCAGUGGAUGAUAACGAUUAAGUGGUCCCACGUGAGCGUAUUUCGAAGAAAGACGCGUUUGGGAACACGACACUUCGCGUGUGGGAAGCAUUUGUUCUGGUUGCUUCUGGAAUCCGAAACUCCUUACAGAGACCUAAACGACAGCGCUUCGGAUGCCAAACGACAUGAAGGGGUCCAUCCGGCCAGCCUUUGAGCGAUGGUCAAUUAUGUAUCCACACCUUUGUAACAAAAAAUAUAUAUUUAAUCAAAAAAAUCUGAAUAAAUCUAAAGUUCAUUUA